AUGUGCUCCGAGUGGCUAGGCGUCACAUGCGACCGCCGAGGCAUGGUCACCAAGAUAGAUCUGCAGGAGUAUCCCAUCUCUGCGUUCACUGCUGCCCCACCGGGAACCCUGCCUGCCGACAUCGGUGCCUUCAAUGCCCUCCAAGUCCUGAGGCUUCCCCAGCAGAACCUCUCUGGGUCCAUCCCCACAGAGGCCUUUACAAGCCUCACCUCCCUUCGUGAACUCGAUCUCUCCUCCAACCCUCUGGACGGCAGCCUCGAGUUUCUAGCCUACCUUCCCUCCUUGCAAUACCUCGAUCUGCACGCCACUGAGCUGACUGGGGAGAUCCCCGCCGCCCUCGGCAAUGCAACCGCCCUCUCGUACCUGUGA